CCGUGUAACAACAAGAUGGCGGCGCCGCAGGCGGCUCUGCAACCCUGUGUGGGAGUUCCUGACAGCUAGAGACUAGAAGUAGAAUUAUGAGCUCACCUUUGGCCUCCCUUGGCAAGACCCGGCGAGUGCCUCUGCAUUCGGAGCCUGUGAAUCUGGGGAGGCGAGAUAUAAAAAUGUACGGAAAUGAAGAUGAGGUGGACGUGCUGAAUGACGCGCACGGCUCAGAAGAAAAGAUCUCUGUUCCUUCCUGCUAUGGUGGCAUAGGUGCCCCUGUGAGUAGGCAAGUCCCUGGGUACCACAACUCGGAGUUGAUGGCCACCAUGGCGAGGAAAGUGCAGGAUCUGGAGCGGCAGGUGAAGGCCCAGGCGGAUGAGAUGCUCUCCAAGGAUCAGAAGAUACGGGCCUUAGAGGAGCUGGUGGAGACCCUCCAGGAGCACCAGGGCACGGUGACCCUGCAGCGGCAGGAGGAGCUGGAGACCACGUGCGCGCAGCUGCAGCGGCAGGUCGGGGAGAUGGAGCGGUUCCUCGGUGACUACGGCCUGCAGUGGGUGGGUGAGCCCAUGCAUGAGGAGGACUCGGAGGAUGGCGAGAGGGACUGGAUGACAGCCAAGAAGUUCUGGAAGCCAGGAGACUCACUGGUACCCCCCGAGGUAGACUUUGACAGGCUGCUGGCUAGCCUGAAGGAUCUCAGUGAGCUGGCGGUAGACAGUGACACCCAGCUGACACCAAUGCCCAGCAGAGUGCCACACUGUGUCCUUGAGCCCAUCCCACUGAAGCUCUACCGGAAUGGCAUCGUGAUGUUCGAUGGGCCCUUCCGGCCCUUCCACGAUCCCUCCACACAGCGCUGCCUCCGAGACAUAUUGGAUGGCUUCUUCCCGUCAGAGCUCCAGCGGCUGUACCCUGACGGGGUCCCCUUUAAGGUGAGUGACCUGCGCAAUCAGGUCUACCCAGAGAAUGGGCUGGACCCGUUCCCUGGCGAGGGCCGAGUGGUAGGCUGGCAGAGGAUUCGAAAGCCCUUGGACAGGAUGGAGCACCCAGGCUCCAGGAUGACCGCCGAGAAGUUUCUGAACAGGCUGCCCAAAUUAGUGAUCCGACAAGGCGAGGUGAUUGACAUUCGAGGCCCCAUCCGGGACACCCUGAAGAUCCAGGAGAUCGUGGUGGAGACGCCUGCCUUGGCUGCUGAGCGUGAGAGGAGCCAGGAGUCUCCGGAGUCACCCGUGCCCGCGCUCUCCACGCUGCGCAUCAAGUCUGAGAAUGGCGAGCAGGCCUUCCUGCUGCUGAUGCGGCCGGAGGACACAGUCGGUGAUGUGCGCACCCUGCUUGCACAGGCCAGGGCCGUGGAGGCCACCACCUUCGAGAUCUUCAGUACGUUCCCGCCCACAGUCUACCACAAUGACACUCUCACGCUGCAGGCCGCGGGCCUGGUGCCCAACGCCACGCUGCUGCUUCGGGCGCGCCGGGCUCUGCUGCCCGCCCCCGGCCCCGAAUAA